UGCAUCUCACCAAUCAUGGCACCUUCGUUAUUUUCUCCAUUCUCAGUGGCAUUUCCCUUCCCUUGCUCCCCUCGGUCUUAUCGACCACGUUUCUCUUCCAGCAUCCUUUAGUCUGACUCUGAGAAAUCUAUAAACAAACACGUUGAGAGACGCAGACUCUGUGCGCUCCUCUCAAAGUCUGCUGAAUCCGAGAAAGAGGGAGAUUCCCAACGGAAAAUGUUGAAGAUUUCUUGUAAUGGGACAGAUCCCAUUCAAGCCCUAGCUCAAUGCAGAUUCAAUGCUCCGCCCAGGUCCUUCUUCGCUCGCCGGAGGAGCGACGUCGUUGUGUGCUCUCGCGAGACCAAAACGUCGCCGGUUCUUGCCGUCGUGUCGGACCGUGGAGGCCUUGGGUUCGAUGGCGCAGUGACACGGGUUGAACCCGGUUCGGGGACUUUGGCGGACCGGUUGCGUCUGGGGAGCUUGACGGAGGAUGGAUUGUCUUAUAAGGAGAAGUUCAUUGUAAGGAGUUAUGAAGUUGGGAUUAAUAAGACGGCCACUGUUGAGACAAUGGCCAAUCUCUUGCAGGAGGUUGGAUGUAAUCAUGCUCAGAGUGUUGGGUUUUCGACGGAUGGAUUUGCUACGACCCCUACCAUGAGAAAAUUGCGUCUCAUAUGGGUGACUGCUCGCAUGCACAUUGAAAUCUACAAAUACCCUGCUUGGAGUGAUGUCGUUGAAAUAGAGACGUGGUGUCAAGGGGAAGGAAGAGUUGGAACCAGACGUGAUUUUAUACUCAAGGACUAUGCUACCGAUCAAAUGAUUGGAAGAGCAACCAGCAAGUGGGUAAUGAUGAAUGAGGACACUAGGCGACUCCAAAAAGUCUCUGAUGAUGUCCGUGAGGAGUAUCUGGUUUUCUGUCCGCGUGAGCCAAGGUUAUCCUUUCCUGAGGAGAAUAAUAAUAGCUUGAAGAAAAUUCCAAAGCUGGAAGAUCCUGCUCAGAAUUACAGACUAGGACUUGUGCCUCGAAGAGCAGAUCUAGACAUGAACCAGCAUGUUAACAAUGUCACUUAUAUUGGAUGGCUGCUUGAGAGCAUGCCUCAGGAAAUUAUCGACGACUAUGAGUUGCAAAGUAUAACAUUGGAUUACAGACGUGAGUGCCAACAAGAUGAUAUAGUUGACUCCCUCACAAGCUCGGAACUGGCAGAGGGAGCUGAGGCAGUUGCAGAACUCCAUGGUACAAAUGGAUCCGCCACGGCAAGGGAAGAUGAUCAAGAUUGCCGGCAGUUUCUGCAUCUACUUAGGUUGUCUGGUGAUGGACUAGAGAUCAACAGAGGACGAACAGAAUGGAGAAGGAAAGCUCCAAGAUGAUGCAUCUACUCCAACCUUUGCUCGACUCUUUUUUGGUGGUUCUGUUUUGUCUACUCUUCGGCAUUGGAGAUUUUGCUUAGAACUCACGAACUUUUUCUACGGCUGUAUUAGUAUAAUUUUAUCCGGUUGUUAUAAAGUUUGUCAACAUCACUGUAAUAGGGGAUUUGUUUUUUGCUUGCAUUCUCAAGAGAUCAAUCUUUUAGUUCUGAGUAGCAAGGAAGAUGCAGAAUUUAUGAUUGUAA